AUGGACCAGAAACUUAGUGCCGGCCGCGAAAUGAUCAUCACAGACUAUCAGGAGGGAGAGAGGGAGGACAGCAUGGCCGUCGCAACACGGUCUCCGCCCGACAACACAGUUGCAAGUUCGAGCGGACAAACAAGCGAUGCACGAGCGAACCUGUCGCGCGUUUUCAAUGCGACCCGCUUUCUCGUGGGAGUCUCCUCCGCUGCAACGAAGGUGGGCUUCGAAGCGGCCAAGUUCUUCACAAAGACCGGUUUAGACGUUGCAAGAGGUGUGGUUUCCGAAGUGGGCCGGACAACAGGUCUCGAGGCCGCCGGCGUGACACCUCUCGCCAAUGGCGUCAUCUCCGUUGCCGAGUUUUUCGCAAUCAGCGGCAUCGAGAUUGGCCAGUACUGGACAAAGUUCGGCAUCUCAACGGCCGACAGGAGCGUCAAGACGCUUGACAACAUGUUUGGAUCUGGGGACGUCGCCGUUGCGGUUCGGAAAUUCAUCCAGCUUGUGCAGAGGGAGUUGAAAUCGUCGAGUGGAGAUGAUUCCGCUCUCGCUGAUAUUGGGACGGUGGAUGCGUUUAGGGCGUUGAUGGCUUGGAUUUCCUUACAGCGCGCUACAAGCGUGCAUUGGUGGGAAGAAGGGAAAAGCACUGGGAGACGGCUGAAGUUUGUCAAGUCCAAGCAAGAGGAUCUCGACCGGGCAGCGGCAGCUGAAACGGAAGAAGUGGAUUGGGCGAAGAUCGCUGGGGGCGCAACGGCCGAGCCGGGUGAUCUGAUCAGAGGAAGCAUCGGUGAGCCAGGAAUGGCAGCGGAGAAGCGGGAAGCGUCUCCCGAUAGAUCGAACCCGUCUGGAUCUGCCUCUGCUUCUGCAUCGGACUGGAGCGCGCUUGGCAACUUUGCGGCUGCAGGAUCAGCCGCCAUUGUCAAGAGCGAUAGCAAACGCCUGUCCGGUAGCAGCGACCGUCAAACCUCCCCGAACCGUGACAGAACCGUGAUUGCCGAUACGCAACUCCUUCACGAUCUCCAACGCUACGCCAAAUUCAGCACUGGAAUGUACGGCCGUUACCACAUCGGCGCCCUCAACGGCGAAAUCACCGUUCCGCUGCCCAACUUCCCACCACUCCCAUUCGUUUCCAACAAUAUUGACCCACGACAAACAACCGGUACUGAGGACGAUCGGUUUUUCUCGAAACAUGCCGACACACCACUCGAAUCAUUAUAUCACUCCAGCGGAGUCGGCUCGGACGAUAGCGGAUGGAAGUUUGCAUUCUCGAAUGACAGCAAUGCCGCACUAUAUAGCCCGACCGUCUACGUGAUCGCGGACCACCCACACAAGCAGGUGAUCUUGGCAUUCAGAGGUACCAGUUCCUUCGAAGACGUGAUGGUUGAUCUCAGCUGCGAGUACGAAGAGUUUGAUUGGGGCAGCGGCCACGAAAUCGACGGGCCCAGCCAUGCUCGCAAAUCCUCGACGUACCAACAACAACCCGAAAAAGUACAUUCAGGCAUGAUGGCCGCCGCUCGUGAAAUCGCAUCCCACGCCCACAAAUCUGGCAUCUUCAAAGCCGUCUCCUCGCUCCUCUCCCAAAACCCAUCCUACGGUCUCCUCCUCACCGGCCACUCCCUCGGUGCCGGCCUUGCCACCUGCCUCACUUUCCUCUGGACAGACCCAAGCACCUACUCCACCUCCGCCGCGUCCGGUCUACCCGCCGGCCGCGCCAUUCGCUGCUUUGCGUACGCGGCACCGUGUGUCGCAUCACCCAUUCUCAGCGUGAACGCAAAACCGGUCGUAACAUCAAUCGCACUUGGCGCCGACCUCGUACCCCGGCUUUCCCUCGGCUCCGUACAAGACCUGGCGCGUAUCGUGCGCUGGAUCCAUAAACGACCGGAAGUCAGGGACCGUACCGCGACGGACUCGGAAGCCGAUAUUGCGCUGAGGGCUAAGAUCGAGGAGGAGUGUCUCGUGCAGGAGAAGCUGUACCCCGCUGGUCGGAUUAUCUGGGUGUUUGAUACCAAGCCGUCAACACAGGGAGACGAUACCGCUGACGCCGAAAAUGCGCAAUCUGUAGCUACUGCGUUUGAGAUUGAGGUGUCGCCGGAGGGACAUCCGCAUAUCCCAGCGCCGUUCAACCAGAUCGUGUUUACAAGCCGGUUGGGGUCUGAUCAUUUGCCUCAUAUCUACCCUGCUAUUUUGCAGAGGCUCACAUAA